GCAGGCACUUUGCUGGCUCUGGGCUCCCUCGGGGAUAUUUUGUAUUGUUUAUAUCCAUUUUUGUAAAAAUUUAAUAUCGUGUUUCUUAGAAACUUUAUUACUUUCAUAAACUGGUUUUGAGAUUUUAUAACAACGAAACCUGGCAAGGAUUGGCUGUGGCUUGCUAGCUUGGGAAACACUGGAUUUUGCCCCCUCUCUUCUAUCGACAAGGCUGCUAAUGAGCCAGCGAAGACCCCGAAAUAUAUAAUUCAGCGUAGUAAUAGCCGAUGCACUGUCUUCCCCGUGUUUUAAAACGGCCGGUCGUUUCUACGAUAAACGCUGAAGAGAGCAUAGCAAACGUGAACGGCAGCCAGCCUCAGGAAGAAUGACGGCUGUUCAGCUGAUCAAUAUCCAAAGGUUAUUGGAAGCAGCGGAAUAUCUAGAAAGGAGAGAAAGAGAGUGUGAACACGGAUAUGCUUCGACAUUUCCGUCAAACGAGAACACAAACUACCAGAGGCAAAGAAAAUUCCGAAAUAAGAAAUUCAGUAGUAACCACAAUAGGUCCACACAUAAUGAGCUGGAGAAGAACAGACGAGCUCAUCUGCGGCUGUGUCUGGAGCGGUUGAAGGCCCUCAUACCCCUGGGACCCGACUGCAACCGCCACACCACCCUAGGCCUGCUCAACAAAGCCAAAGCACACAUAAAGAAACUUGAAGAUACGGACAGGAAGAGCCAGUACCAGCUGGAGUCUCUGGAGCGCGAGCAGAGGCACCUCCAGCGCCAACUGGAGCUUCUGAGGGGAGGCAGCAGUGCUGUAGCCCAGACCAGCUCAGGGGAGGGGGAGAGGAUACGCAUGGACAGCGUUGGUUCCACCCUCUGCUCCGACCGCUCCGACUCUGACCAAGAGGAGAUUGAAGUGGACGUGGAAAGCACAGAGUUCUCCCAUGGAGAGCUGGACAGUGUAAGCACGGCCAGCACCAGCGACCUGGAUGACCACAGCAGCCUGCAGAGCAUGGCCAGCGACGAGGGCUACUCCUCCUGCAGUGUCAAACUUGCCUUCUCCUCCUAGAGCCCCCGCACCAUCAACACCACCACGACCUCCCUGCCAAACCCACCUGCCCUCCUGUCUGUUUAUCUGUUUCUCCGCAACAGCCAUGCCUACAGACAUACAUCCAUUCACCUCCAACGACGGCCACGCACCCAGCUAAUGGCGUUCCCGUCACUCCUCCCUCUGGGCAGCGCCUCCUUCCCCUCCUCCCCUCCAGGUUGCUGUUGGAGGAGCUCCAGUGAGAGGUCUCACUCACCUCUGAGUAGAACUUUGAGCCGCCCUGACCAACCAACACUGACAGCAGGGACUCGAACACAGUGAUGUCAGACUGCCAAUUGAUUGAUCUUCUUUUAAAGGAAGAUUAGAGACGUGAUUGAUAUGUUGAUAUUAAAAAUAUACAUCAUCUUUAUUUUUAAUCCCACACAAUUGUGAAAGAAGGCAGUCGUAGCCACGAUGCAAGAACAAUUUAUUAAGUCACCGAAGUUUUGACAUGACAGUUUUCUUCAGGUUUAGACUGUCAUGUGGAAACGUUCGUGACUUAAUAAACGAGUCUUGCAUCGUGGCAACAACUGUGCGACCACCUUCCUUUGCACUUGUACUUUCAUGGUGAUCAACACCUCUCCAGCACUGGUGUGCAUUCCUCCUCUCUCCCAUCCUAUAAACCCACACAAUUGAAAUGAAUGAUUGAUUUUAUUUCUUUUAUUUUCCUGAACUGUCCUGAAAUAUCUGAAUUUUUAAAGAUAGACAACCCCUAAAUUGACCCAAAAUGCACUCAAAUUCAUAUAAUCUUGAACUAAUUUAGAGUUUCUGUUUGGUUCUCUCUUCUGUGUGUCUGUGUUUGUGUGUGAGAGGGUCUUAAGCCGAUCCUGUUUUCUCAGUUUUGAUGUUCUGGUGUCGGGCAUGGAUAAAUGGGAGCACAUCUAAUCUGGACAACAACGAACACUUUGGGUGAACUUUGCCAUAUCAACUAAGCUCUGCCCUGAUAAAAGUCCCCUCUGCCCCAAAUUUAAUCUCAUCUUAUUGUUUUUUCAUUACCUCUGCUCGAUACUGCAGAAGCUUGGACACUGGUGCUAUUGUGAAACAAACCAACGGGGAAGCAGAUCAGAUCCACCACUACAACGCUUUUAAAACAAAGUGUGUCUGCCGUGAUCGUUUCCAACCAAGCACAGAGGAAAAAAACAACCACAGAAAUGGAAUAAUCCUGUCGAAUGUGGGUGCUGAGUGCAUUUUAAGAGUGGAAAUUGUAAUGUGUGUGCUUUGUUUUCUUUCCCGUCAACAAGCAGCUACAACAAGCUAUCCUGCACUUGCCUACUUUAGAGCUGUCCAUAGAAACAGCACAAACCAAGACAUUAAAAAAAAACUACAACAGCAACUACGAAAACGUCCACAAACAACAAACUUUGGAAUAGAUGUCCAUCCUUUUUCCAGCAGUAACAAGCAAUAACUCUCGUAGUCAUUUUUGUCUCGUCAGCUCUCCCUAAACACACGUGUGUGUGACCGUCCAAAAAAGCAAAAUUUAACUUUUCUUAGGUUUUUUUUUUGUACAUACAAAUAGUUUAAUAAAUUUAAGUUAAAAAGAGUUUAAAGGGGACUUGUUAUGUUUAUUUUCAGCUCUACAUAUUUGUUCUAGCGCUCCACUACUGUAGUGGAGUCUACAUGGUUCACAGUUCAAAAAAUGCCUUAUUUAUCUUAUACUGGCCCUUUAUGCAGCCUCUCAGUUCAGCCUCUGUCUCUAACAGGCAGUCUUAGGUUCUGUCUUUUUAAGGCCCCCAUGCCAGUGAGCCCACUCUGUUCUGAUUGGCCAGCUUUCAGAAAGCCUGCCAAGGGGCAGCUGGGGCAGAGUUGUGUUUAGUUAUCGCAGAUGAUGGGCAAGAAUUUAAAGAAUUUACAUGAAAUUAAACAUGUUCCUCACCAGAUUAGCAGAGCUUUGUAAGCUGCGCUAAAAACCAGUCAACACAACAGUUGGAGCUAAUGCAGGGAGGAAUAGUACAAGCAGAAACAGCCACAGUGAUGAUGGUGAUUGAUGAAGGGCUGCUGUUGACCAGCACACCUCUAACAGGUACACUACUUAAUGUACUUUGCCUUCCUGUGUAAUAUAAAAACACUCAAAGCAUGCCAGCUCGACUUGAGUCAUGGCUUGGCGCACCUACCCCCAUAAUGAGAAAAUGAUAUAACCUUAGUGGAGCAGAGGACCAUAUAAGGAAAUCUGUCACAGGCUGAUGUCAGCAUGGGCUAAAAGUAGAAAAAACAGUUGGAAGUCAAAUGUUCAGGGCAGUCUGAAGCCAGUGCUUUUUGCUCACAGAGAUUACUUAUACAUACAUUUACCUCAUUAUUUGAUAUGUUGAAUUUGAACAUCCAAUAUUGUAAUAUUUUGACCGAAAAUAAGGAAAAACAUAAUAUGUCCCCUUUAAGAGAAAAAAAAGGUAGAGCUCAUGGAUAGAACUAUUGCAUCUGUUGCUGUUUGACUUGUGUUUAUUGUGUAUUUUAAAUCAAUUUUUGGGAAGCUUUUAUCCUCUUUAUAGCAGCAGUGGAUGUGGCAUGGACACUGUUACUUUGUUCAGUUUGCUGGUUGAAAAUUCAAAAGUUAUUCAUUUUUGUUGCUGCCCUGAGAAGCAAAAGAAAAGUUACUCUUUAAUGUGAACCAAAAGAAAAAAGAAAAA